GAGAGAGAGAGAGAGAGUGGCGCCAUCAACAAAAGCAAGCUCCCCUUGCAAUCUCAAAAAAAAUGGCGGACGCGCUCUCGCCGCCGGAGGUCUCCCUCUUCCUCUUCCUUGUCAAGCUCAGAAGGUUCGAUGACGCGACUCUCGGCGUUCUCCGGACCUUGCUGGUCUCCAAGGACGCGAGAUCGGCAGUUCAAGCGCGAUCGAGCCUCGAACGGUUCAUGAGAUUCGAGUCUCUCCGUAUACUUCGCGAGGUUGCGGAUAAGGACGCUGUCCAUGUGCUUUCCGUUCUCGAGUUCCUGGUUCGAGCCUUUGCGGUUAUAGGCGAUUUCGAGAGUUGCUUGGCACUGAGGUACGAAGCACUCGUUUUUCGGGAAAACAAAUCUGGCGUUCAUCAAUGGCUACAAGUUGGUCAUACCGAAUGGGUGAACUUUGCCAAGGAUGCGCUUGACAAUGGUUUUUACCCUAUAGCCACAAAGGCAUGUGAAAAUGCUCUUCUAUGUCUUCAAAGGAGUGAUACUUCUGGCUUGGAAAAUUUCACUGGAGAUAUCCAGAAUAUAGUAAGUCUCAAGGACGUUGCUAUUUCAUCCACUGGUUCAUGCAGCGUUCAGGCAAAGGCAGUGAAAUAUUUGAAGAGGAAAGAAAUGGAGAGAAGCAAACAGCAAGCUUCUACAUUCAGAGAAAUCCAACCUGUUGCAAGUGUUCUGUUUAGAGAUAGUAUUAAGAAGCGUAAUGCAAGGAUAUUUUCAGAGUGCCAGGCUUUGAGGUCAGCUGCAAGAAACUCACACGCCCACACUAAAAUUCCAGGUUUUGUUUAGUCUCCUAACCUUGCACAUACGGGUGUGGAUGUAAUAGUUCAUUUCCUGAAUUUAAAAAUAUCUGAAAAGCAGCUUAAGGUGUAACCUUGACCCUCUAUGUGAAGAGAUGGUACAGUUUCGACACUUUAAGAGUUUGCCAUAUAUUGAUCAUAUAUAUUUGAAAGCUCCAGGUUGCUUGGUUUGU